CAAGCAACAGCUUAAGUGACCAGAGGUAUCCGAGUUGUUUAUUGGACACGUGAUGUAAACUUGGGCACUUCCUCCAGCAAUCCCAACCUCCUCUUAGCACAGCCCUUUUGGGAGUUUCCUUUUCCAGGGCUUAGUCGCGCUCCUCCCGCCUUUUUGGUUCCUCUUCGUCCUCCCUCAGAGACUGGGGUCUCCCGCCUCAGUUUCUUCUCCAGUACCCGCGAGGUGGGUGCCCCAGUGCGGUACCCCAGCCUCCUCCCAGCUCGCGGCACCUGCCCCGCCUUCCAGCCCCGGGCCGGCUCGCGCGGCGCAGGCGCACCAGCCGCGGCCUUGAGGCCGAGCGCGACCUCAGCAGGUUCUGCCUCCGCCUCCUGCGACAGUAUCCGCGCGGGGCUAGUUGGCGGUCACCGAGACCGCGCUGGGCAGAGGCCCCGCGGGCCGCGCGUCGCCAUGGGCGCGGGCUGGAGCAGCGAGGAGGAGCGGCAGCCCCUGCUAGGGCCCGGGCUCGGGCCUGCGUCCGGGGCUGUCUGGAGAAACCGGGAGGCGGCGGCGGCGGCGCUGCCCGCGGCGGCCCCGGGGCCCGGGCGGGUGUACGGGCGCCGCUGGCUGGUGCUGCUGCUCUUCUCGUUGCUGGGCUUCGCUCAGGGCCUGGUCUGGAACACCUGGGGCCCCAUCCAGAACUCGGCGCGCCAGGCCUAUGGCUUCUCCAGCUGGGACAUCGCGCUGCUCGUGCUGUGGGGACCCAUUGGUUUCCUGCCCUGCUUCGCGUUCAUGUGGCUCCUGGACAAGAGAGGUCUUCGGGUAACUGUGCUUCUGACGUCCUUCCUUAUGGUUUUGGGAACUGGUCUAAGAUGCAUACCUGUAUCAGACUUAAUGCUUAAAAGAAGACUAAUCCACGGAGGACAGUUGUUGAAUGGAUUGGCAGGCCCAACGGUGAUGAAUGCAGCUCCGUUCCUCUCUACGACGUGGUUUUCUGCCGACGAACGGGCCACUGCCACAGCCAUCGCAUCCAUGCUCAGCUAUCUUGGUGGAGCAUGUGCGUUUUUAGUGGGGCCACUUGUUGUUCCAGCGCCCAAUGGGACGUCGCCUCUUCUUGCUUCGGAGACGAGCAGGACCCACAUUAAAGAUCUCAUAGAGACUGUAUUGUAUGCAGAAUUCGGAGUUGUCUGCUUACUAUUUUCCGCAACACUAGUUUAUUUCCCACCCCGGCCUCCACUUCCUCCCAGUGUUGCUGCAGCUAGCCAGCGGCUGAGUUAUCGGCGGAGCUUUUGUAGAUUAUUAAGCAACAUGAGAUUUUUGAUGAUUGCUUUAGCGUAUGCCAUACCGCUUGGUGUAUUUGCUGGUUGGUCUGGAGUUCUGGACUUAAUUUUAACACCAGCGCAUGUCAGCCAGGUAGAUGCUGGCUGGAUUGGAUUUUGGUCCAUAGUUGGAGGCUGUGUUGUUGGAAUAGCUAUGGCAAGGUUUGCAGAUUUUAUCAGGGGUAUGCUGAAACUAAUUCUUCUGCUCCUGUUUUCUGGGGCUACCCUCUCAUCCAUGUGGUUCACCCUGACCUGUUUGAACAGCAUCACACAUCUGCCUUUAACCACAGUGACAUUGUAUGCCUCCUGCAUUCUCCUGGGAGUGUUCCUGAAUAGCAGUAUACCUAUAUUUUUUGAGCUUUUUGUGGAAACUGUCUACCCAGUUCCAGAAGGAAUUACUUGUGGAGUUGUCACUUUCUUAAGUAAUAUGUUCAUGGGAGUACUUUUAUUUUUUCUCACAUUUUAUCACACAGAGUUGUCUUGGUUCAACUGGUGCCUUCCCGGGUCGUGUUUGCUCAGUCUCCUCCUCAUUCUGUGCUUCAGGGAAUCAUAUGACAGACUCUAUCUUGAUGUGGUUGUCUCAGUGUAAUAGCACAGACAUGAAGGAGUUGAAAGAGGGACUGGAAGUCAUACCGCACAUUUGCUUGGAGUUGCACACCUAACAGGAGAAAAAAAGGAGAAGAGAGAAACUUCACUCAGCGGUGUUGUUAGGUUACAGAUGAUCGCGUUCAUUUCAUGACUACUAGGUAAUAAUAACGUGGGACUGGAGGGAUUGUAGGGGAUCGAAAGACUAUAAAACGGCACACCCGUGCCUGGUUCUGGGGCUGGAAGUGUGGGUAGCUUACACAUAAAGCACUACCUGAAUGAUGUCCUCUAUGUUUUGUGCCAGUGCUAAACUACUGAUUGAUUAAUUGUAAUUAUGGGAAGAAAUAAAGGGUAUCUGUCACAUACCUUACCUAAGUCACAUAUCAGAAUAGGAAGAAAUGCCACUAACUUCUAAAGAAGUUUAAACCCUUGAUCAGAUUUUAAUUAUAAAGUAGCCACGAGGUCUAUCGAUGAUAAAAAUUAGCCACGUGUACACUACGUUUUUUCUAAUAAAGCCAUUUCUUAUAUGACUCCUUAUUUUUAACCAGGUCGGAAACCUUGGGCCAUCUUUAUUACGGUGAGCAAGUGCUUCCCACUGCUUCAGAACACAUACUUUGUGUCUCGAUCUCAACUUGUCCUUGUUUCUGUGAAAUGCAAUUUCAUCUACUAGGCUCUUAAAUAAUUAUAUUAAAGGUGACUAAAUGUUCAGUAUAGUCGCAUUAAAUAUUGUACGAAAACUGUAAUUCCGUUCUGAUUGAGCAGUUUGUUAAAAGUGAGCUGAGAAAUCCCAUGGAACACUCUGUGUCUUCAGGCUGUAUGUAGAGAGAGAGAUGGUGGCAGGGGGUGUAAAGCCCAGCACCAGCUAUUAUUUACUUGGGCCGCAUUUUAUUAAAUGACCCUUGUUUGGAAAUAACCAUUUAUAACAUUGAAACUUCCAAACCUGUUGAGUGAUUUCUGGAUUACAUUCUUGUAUUUCAAUUCCGGUUGUAAAAUACUCCAUUCUCUACGGAGUCCACAUGUUUGAGAAGGCGAUCUUUUGUCAGUGCCUGUUUUCUUUGUGUGGAUGAUAGCUUUCUUAAAAAUGACGGCUACUCAUUGGACAGCUCUCAGACAUAUAUUUCACUGUGACAUAAGAUGUGCUCCGGUGGGAUUAUGGUAUGACCACUGUUGACAUUUACAUCAUUCCCCUUACCUAGGAAAACCAAAUGUUUUCCCAGAAAGACAAGAACAAUACUUUCUUUGUCUUCAUUAUUCUCAUCUUCCUUCAACCACCUCUCUUUUUUUUUCCCUCCCUUGAAAUUAUAUCUUGAUUGUCAGCGAAAUAUAUAUUUUAUUUGUCUUUCUCUGAACAGAGUGCAAGCCGACUCCUUCUCCUAGCCAUGGUAGUAGAAUGUGGUUAAAGAGGGCUGCUUAGUCCUCCGCUCUGCUCAUCUCAUCAUGUGUACACACAUCCUCACACACGGUCCCAAAGCCCGCCCCCCCCUUCAUAAGUCCAGGGUCAUGUGGGAGCUCACCCCGGGCUCAGAGGAGGAUCUAAGCCUUCUUCUGAGAUCCUAAAUCAUGCUUCUUGAAAAGUAAGGAAUUCAGCCUCUGUCUUCCGUCACCUUAAAAUCACCGCCCUUAUAACCACCCUGCUGACUUAGAAUCAAGAACUGAAGGAACUAAGGAACUUGCUAAGAGAAGAAAAAACCCAUGAAGACUAGGCUUAGCUCCAAUUACCUCUGUCAUUCCUCAGUAAAGGAAAGCAAAAUUCUCGCAGGUAAUUGAAAGCCAGCCACUGUGGAUAUGAGCGGUCCCUGAGUGGUGCUCAGGUAACCCCCACCCCUCCCUCUUAGAAGACAGAUAGGAGAGGGAGGAGUUAGGAAGUACUCAGUUUUAGUCAGAACUGUUGUGUUUGAGGACACUGUAUAUGAAAUUUUUCUAUAAUAAGACAUGAUAUAGAACAUUCUAAUUAUAGUUAAUUCUACUUUUAAUACCAAGUAAAGAAAAACACUUUAAAAAUAUUACCUAAAUGACGAAUUUCAUGACAUCCCAAGUGGGUAGUGAUGAAAAUUCCUACAUCGUACCAGACGCCAACCAUGUUUUUAGCACACGUGAAAUGCUUCCAUCUCUUUUAUUCUAUCUGCUUACCCCUUUGGCAGAUGCUUGUUCUAAUCCAAACUGCAACUGUUUUAAGUGAUCAAAAUUUCAUAUACCAAACCUGAUAGAACCAAAGGGCUUUGGAGGUGGGGAGAGAGGAUUACGCAUUAUUCAUUUCCCUGAAUAUUUCAAGUUAUAUGCAUUUUUUACUUGUUAUUUCUAGCGUGCAUCAAAAUAGACCAGCUGUUGUCUUUGUACUUUCUAAAUAAACACUACAGAGUCCUAAUGAAAUUUUAUAACAAAAGAAGUGUGAACCCUCCACUAAGCCAAGCCCCUCAUUUUAGAAUUUAUAGGAACAAUCCCACAGAGGCUAAGGAUCUUGCUGACGGUCACAAUCCUAGUUAGUAACAAAGGUAGAACCAACUGAAACCCACACCUUGUGGCUCCCAAAGCAAGGUUUUUCCCUACCUCACAAAAACGCAGUUUAAUUGGGACAUUUCGGGGUGGGGGGGUCAUGACUACUCCUCCAUGUUAGUACAUGGUGGGGCUUGGAACAAAUCAUCAUUUGGAGUAUGGAAAGUACAGGGAUCUAACAGAGGUGCCUGGUUUUUAAGUAAGAUCAUUCUGUUUUCUUCAUCCUGUUGGUGCUCUAACAUCUCUAAGUCUUAGCCUGCAGGGAUGUGAUAUAAAAAGAUUCUGAUGAAUAAUUCAAUCCUCAUAAACCAAGUCAACAGCAUUAAUUGGUAAGAACAUGUAUAGUGUAAGUUCCCUGUGGCUUAUCAAUGAAUACUUCACAGUUUAUGGGAAGAAACAUUUUUUAAUAUGGUCUGUGGUUGAGGUAUAGGCACAAGAUAAUUACGCACACAAAUGCAUUUCACUGGAGGAUGGAGCUAAUAAAAUAACAAGAGGGAAUCAAGUUAAAGUAGGAUUUUGUAUAUUUAAACAUAUAUGGCUUCAGGGCCAAGCUUUAUCAUAGAUCAUAUAUUUAUGCUUCAUUAUUGAGAAUGUUUACAGCUUGUUUUUAUGAAGCCCUUCUAAUGAGGGAUUCAAGCUAAGAGAUUUUAAAUUAAAGAGAUUAAAUUCCUAUCUACUUUAAAUUGGGGGUUUUUUCCUAUUAUUUUUACUAAAAUCUAGGCAUUCAUCUUGCUGUUUGCGUAAGUGGAAGCUACGUUUUAAACUGAAGAUCAAAUACAAAUGCAUAGUAAACUGGCUUUAAAUUAAUGUUAAAAAUCACAUUAAUUCCACACCUGUGCCUAACAUAAUAAGUACGGGAAUCAUGGUGAUUAUACCAUUUUAUAUAGCAAGUGCAAAAGAAAACUAUGAGGAAAUUUGAUGCCACCUAUUUUGUGAAUCUAGGAAUACCCCUUUAAUUUGGAAUUGUACAGAAAGGGACAAAUUAAAGUUUAUUUCCAUACUAUCAAACAGUUCACUAGUCUGUUAGGAAAAUAUAAGCAAUAUUCUGGGGAUAGGUAGUGUUAGACCAUCCCAGAAGGAUAAAAGUUGACGGGGGGAUUUUGGGGUGUUCUUUUAACAGCGUCCAUGGGUACUUUGUACUCGGUGGAGGUAGUUGUGCGCUCAGGAAGGAGACACCUUGACUACUCUGAGCACACGUAUCCUCUCAGGUGUCUGAGACUCUUUAGGUCUCUUCCUUGCCCUGACUUCCUGGCACAGGCUUCACCCUGAAGCCCUCCCUGAGCUCCGAGGCGAAAGCCCAGCCUCACGCUUAACUACGACCAAGGCCACAUGCCUGGGCUUCCGUCUCCUGAGCGGGACGCUAGCAUGGGUCAGUCCAGAGAGCUCUAACAGUUCUUCCCACAGCAAGUUUCAUAAGUUAGAAUAUCCCCUGAUGUGGAAAUGACAAAGGUCUCUCUAACAGGCUUCUCUAGCUAUUCCUUCUUGCUUUUUAGAAUAUGGACUGAUUCGAUAGCCUUAUGGAGUCUUUCUUUUGUGCCUUGGAAAUCUGGAAGGCCUCCCCGAUGAUAGCUUUCCAUCUCAACCCAUGCUCAAAAAGUGAGAGCAAAGGUUGCUCUGCCCUAGCUGUUCUGUUCGUUCAACAAGGGAGAAUUACACUUUUUUCUCUUAAACGACUAAAAAAUGAAAGCUAAAAUUCAUUUCAGCAGCUUGAUAAGAUGUUAGAAACUCAUCAAACCAUUUGAGCUCUGAAGCACACAUCACAGUGCUCUCGGGGCUCCCUCUUGGCUCUUCUCAUCUGAAAGGGAGGCUUCCACAGUCUUGACCAGAAUGGCAAGCAGGACUUGGGAGACACUUUUCAUUUACCUAAAUGUUAAAAAGUGAAACUUCUACUUCCUACAACUUAGUUUAGGCUUUUUCUAAUUCCAAUUGAUUUUCUUCCCUUGGAAUCAAAGAGAUGAUCUUAUCCAAAUACCUCAUUUUACAAAUUCACAGAAAAUCUUUGGGGUUCAAUGCCAAGCAAAGUUUUAGCAGGUAACCUGAGUCCUAGACCAGCAUUCUUUGCAUAAGUGGUCAAUGCAGUAAUCAGAAAUAAAAUUAAGUAAUUUUUUCAUUUCUUUUAAGUUUUUGAAAAUUAAACAAGGAAUGCAUGAAUGCAUAGCCAUUGUAAAAUACCCAGUAUAGAAAUAGGGUGGUCUAUCUCCAUACAAACAUGUGCUGACUAUCCAUGCCCCUUUUCCAAAGUAUUCCUUACUAAUCCUUUCAGAAAUUCUUCUCUGCAUUUUCAUACAUAUUUAUAGAAACUUGGGGAUUUAAAAUUAAGUCAUCUAGGGAAUUAAUUCUUCGACCAUGUUGGCAUUAGCUUUUUUGGGCAGAAGCAGGAGUUUCUGAGAUCCUUGUUUCUUUCCCAGAUGCGUCUGUACCAAAUGGAGGAGUAGUUAAUAGAGACAUCUCACAAACCUGGUUGCAGACCAUCAAACUCUUGUCACAUCCAGAAGUUUAAAAGUGAAUUCUAAUAUGCAAUAUUCCUUUUUUCUUACUGGAAAUGGACUCUCUCUUUUGAUGUCAACUAGGGCCCACGUACUGUGAGAGAAGAAAGUGAAUGACCCACGCCCGAAAUCCAAAUCGAUUUUUUUUAAAGAUUUUAUUUAUUUAUUUGACAGAGAGAGAUCACAAGUAGGCAGAGAGGCAGGCAGAGAGAGAGAGGGAAGCAGGCCCCCCGCUGAGCAGAGAGCCUGAUGUGGGGACUCUAUCUCAGGACCCUGAGAUCAUGACCUGAGCCGAAGGCAGCGGCUUAACCCACUGAGCCACCCAGGCGCCCCCAAAUCGAUUUUCUUGACAGGGUUUCCUCAGCCCUGUCUCAGCAGAGACACGCAACAGUGUAGAAAGCAAAGACUCAAGAGAGUAAACUCUGUGAUUCCAUUUAAAAAAAAAAAAACAAAAAACACUAGCUAAUGAAGAUCCUGGUGAUCCUAUUUUCCUGGUCGCUUUCCUUAGCUAUCCUGACUCACACUACCCAUAAAAAUGGAUGCAUUGUAGUGGGCAAGAGCGAAGCUUGGUUUGGUCACCUCUUCCUUCUCUGCCCUCCUCUCCACCCGGCUUUCCCCUUUCCGAUUGCAUCAGAUUUUCCGGGUUACCAGCAUUAGGGAGGAAAGCAAGCCAGUUCCUUAAUGAACUAGACUAGAGACACCCAGGAGCCCCUGGGCCUGGCAGGUGUCCCAGGCCUAGUGUCCUCAGCUGUUUGACCUUGAGCAAGUCACUUCAUUUCCCAUUGAACGCAUUUCUGAAUUAAGGGAGCGAACAAAGAUAUCCCUAAGAUCUCUUCCAGUUAAAAAACUCAGGUCCGUUUUUAUUUAAGUAGGAAGAAAUGAUGGAAGCUGUCUCUAAAAUCGCAAAGCUUCCCAGCAUCUUCCUGUUUCCAUUUGCGCAGUGGCCCUCCUCCUGUGAACACAUGGAUUAUUCCACUGAACACAUUUGACCAGAAGAACUGGCUUUUUCAUUGUCUAUGGGAGGAGAUAAGCUGCAGGUGCUGUUUAUUUCCCCCAAAGGACUUUGUAUAUGAAAUGUGGGGCUUAUUAAAUGUAUCAAAUGCAAUAAGAGAGAAAUCUGCCAUCUGAUGUUGAGACAGCGGCAUUCCAGAAGCCAGGUCAGAGCACUGCAUUUGCUGUCUGGAAUCAAGCCAAACCAGGAACCCAUCCUUUGGCUUGGUUUGAUUCAUUGUGAGUCAGUGAUGGGUUUGCACCUGUAGAAAUCAAACUGUCAGAUCAGAUGGUAAAGCCCAUCCUCAGACUUAUAUUUCUAGAGUCAUGGCACAAUCAAGGAUUGAUUGUAAGUUGUUUUGCGACUCUGUCAUCCUGGACGAGGCCACAUUCUGUCAGGAGAGCUGUGCAGAUUACAGAGUGAGAGCAGAGGCUCACCUUGUCAAGGCCAGAUCUAUACACAGGUGUUCGUAAGCAAGGCUUCACUGAGGCCCUGAUGUGAGCACAACAGCUGGUGGAGAAAGAGACUGAAAGAAGGGACCAGGCUGGGAGUUUAGAGGCCUGGGUCUCCGUCUCUGUCUCCAGGGCAGCUGCUAGCACCCUCGGGGCCUUUGGCAAACCACCCAUCCUCUUGGACUUCAGCUUCCACACCUCUAAAUUAAGAGGGUUAGAGUAUAUGUUCCUUUUGGCUGAAAAGUUUUCUACACUUAGUGGUCACACGUCACCAAAAGUAGAAGACCACAGUAGAGUGCAAAACCUAUCCCCCAAUAUUUCCAGUUGUGCAUUAUCACGCCCAGAUAAAUGAGGAAUUCUACAAGGCCCUUUUAGCUGUUAGUGAUGUAUUGCCAGGAUCUGGGCAGUGGGAGAAACUCAAUCUGUCAAUAUACCCACUUAUUUCUUCAGUCAUCCUUCUAUUUAUUCUGGAUACAGAGUAACAUUAUGUGUGUAGUGUCUGCCUGUGAAAGAGAAUCAGAAAAACCAAAGAUGUUUCCAUCCUUCAGGACCUUUUAGAUGUAUUUUAAAAACCAAAAUACUCUCCUGAACUAACAAAAGAAGGAAUGACAGUUUCCCAAAUCCUUAAUUAUGCACAGCAGGAACCUAAGUAUCUUUCUUAUACCAUCAUUAACCAUAACUGAUUUCAAAGAAAGGAUAUUUGGUUCCAUUGAAAUUUUCAUCACAGACAGAAGCUUCAUCUCUCUGGGAGCAUAGCAUCAAUUUUGGCAUUAGGAAUCCCAACCCUCACCAUCAUGGCCGGGUCACUUACUAGUCCUUCCAGAAGUUGGGGAGAUUGUUGGCACCUCCGUCUUCCUCUGAAGACAAAUUUAACAAAAGCAUGAAAUCUUCUAAAGAUUUCAUAAGGCCUGGUGAGUCUCCUUUCUAAGGGAAGUUUGAAUUUUAACAAAGAACAAAGACUAAACACCAAAAGGAAGGAUUUCUGAUGAUAGGACUUGGGAUUUCAGCCUGUCAAAUAGACAGAGAAGGGUUAGUCUGAACACUGGAGACUUUCCGGCAGCCCUUCAGGUCUCUCCACCUGCGAGUGAACCUAAGCGCACUCGAGCAGCACUAGUGAAGCCCUGGCCUCUGAAGACCUUUGGGCUUUUGCAGAAACCCAAAGAAUGCUUUAAAGGAGGGGGGCGGGGGGGGGGGGGCGGGCAGGUUUUAGUCCUGCAGAUAAUUUUAUUUACUACAAGUGUCCCCAAUCUCAAAUGUAUCUCCCUGUCCACCAGAAAUGGAUCAUUUUGGAGGCUUAUAAAAAUUAAGUUUUGGGAAAAUUCUGCCUCCCUUCUACUAGAUUGCAUCUACAAGUCCGAAACAAAAUCGCGUCCUUGACCUACACUCAUAACGUGCUAUUUCUGUUUUGUUGUGAUUCAGAGAACAUGCCAGGCAGAAGUCAGGAGGAGUGAUUGGUCCCACAUCACCUGCCGAGGGCAGGAGGGGCCUGCCCAGUGGAAUUUAGCCAAGAUUGAGGGGGUGUGUCGGGGUGGCCCCUUUCUUCAUAGUUCUUUCCUGAACUCGCCAGUUCACAUUGUCUUGCUCUUCCUGAUCAGUAUGUUAUUGCUGAGAAAUUGUUUCAGAAAGUGCUAGAGAUGUCUCAGAUGCAGCCAUCCCUCUUCUCCGUAAUCCCACUGUCCUUUUGGCUUGUGCCCUAGAAUCCUUGUUCCAUGUCCCAAGGAAAGUAGUUACCCUUGUUCUUUCCGUGGAAAAAACAUCAGUUGAUAUCUUAGCCCUGACACCUCACCCUCUUUUAUCCCAGAAUAGAGAAGUCCUUCCAUAUUUGUUGUCUUUUUCACUCAAGCUUAGUGUCGACCCCCAUGCAGGGCGACUCCAUGCUGCCCUUCUGUUGCCUGUAAUCAUCCUUCUGCCUAACUGGGAGAAAGGUUUUUCUAAUGAACCAGCUACUGAUCCCCUUCCCAUCCAGUCUUUUAUCAAUAUUGCUCUACCAAUAAGUUCUUUGUUGGCUAGGUCCUGGAAUUUAUUUCAUGUUUUUUUAAACUUUAAUUUUUUCUUACAAAAUUGCUUCUUUUAUCUUAGAGCAGACUAUGAUCUUUUUCCUUCUGCGUACUUUAUAAGACAAUUUGAACAUAAUGGAACAUCCUAAAAUAAAGUCAGGCAGGGAUUUCAUCAUAGCCAAUAUUAAAUGCCGGGAGAGGCAGAUCAUAUUUUAAAAAAAGAAAGAAGAUCUGGGAUGAAGGAGGCUGGAUCUCGUAAUCCAAUGCAGGGCUCUUACUGCCUGCUGAGCACUGGGCUAGGCACUGAGGAUGUAGAAACAAGACAGUGUCCCUAGUCCUCAGACUCAUUUUCCGAUGAGUCCAUUCAUAAAAACCGUGUAGUUCGUCAAAGAUAGCGACACCCCCAAAAGGCUACUAUGUCUACAGUUGUCUGUGGGGUCUUACUCUAUUUGGAAGAAUAGGUUCUAAAUCCUGAUUUCUAAAUCCUGAAUAGGUUUCUAAAUCCAUGACAAAUCCACGCGUGUCCUAACCAACACAUGGAUAUAUGUAACCUUCACAGACUGUACCAUACUCCCUUCCCUUUUGAAGGGAAAGGCAGGGAAAUGUGUUUUGAUGACUUGAGAAGAGGUGGAAAGGAUUUAGGGAAAGCUAACAAGCUUCCAAAGAUUUCUGACCUAUUAGUGCUCUUUCAAACACAGGAUUAGGCAGAGGGAAGAGCCUUCUAGCAAGGAGGAGACAAGGCUAUGUAAGGAGGCCCAGGAGACCACCGUAAAAGAGUCAGUGAGAUAGAAGCCAGGCCUAGGAGGCAUGUGUUAACAUAUCUGCUGAGCAAAAGUGGAGAAGGGGGUUUGGAAGCAGAGUUGUGGUAGAAGCAGGUUCUGGAAAACAGCCCCGAAACUGGCUUAUUCUCACUAAGUCAUCUGGCCCAGCCUCCUGCCUCCAAGUACAUCCCGCCUGUGGCACGUCUGGCCAACUGCUUUCUCAGCUCAAGAGGGCUGGAGAUACUACAGCUUCCCAGUCAUCUGUUCCAGACCCACUCCCCGUUUGCACUGAGAACUUCUUGCUUUCAAGGACUGGAGGCCAGAGCGGGGUGCUCAAGAAAUAGAGUGGCAGAGGGGGACUGGCAGAACAGUCAAGGCAGAGGACCCAGGUGAAGAGGAAUUGUAGUGGUGAG